AUGCGUUUAUUGAAGAGCCUUGUCAUAGGUCUCCUCAUCGAGAGAGGUCUAGGCCAAACCGAUGCGCCUUCGGCAGACGAAGAUGCUGUAGCUACUGUAGCAGACCCUCCUACCGAAACGGGAGGGGCAGAUAUCCCUGUUCCUGAGCCAUCGGCACCGUCAGAUGGAGGCGGUGGAGAUAACGGUAGUGGGGAUGAACCAACAGCCGAUCCCAUUCCUGACCCGGAGCCCUCCUCCGGUGACGGCGCCCGAGCCCCAGCCGAAGAAUCCGCUCCGGUCGACCCUCCAACGGAGCCCUCAGAACCUUCCGAUGAUGAACAGCCCAGUGCCACCGAUGACCCUGAACCUACAGAUGCCGAUACCGAGCCAUCUCCCACAGAUGCAGAGCCCACAGAUGCCGACGUCGAACCGUCUCCCACAGACGGCCCAGAACCUACAGAUACAAAUGGUGAGGAACCUAUCGCAACCAACAGUGACCCCGAUAUUGUUCCAAGUGAUGCUCUGAACUCCGCGUCGGAAGAGGCUACACCCGGACCAACAGAAACUGGCCAAGAUGACCCAGUAUCUACUCCCGAGGCCUCUGAUCCGCCACCGGCUCUUUUGCCCACCGUGACACCUGGUGAUUCAAUGACUGAGAUUCCAGAUGAGCCCACAGCUGACUCAGGAUCAGAAGAGCAACCAUCAAAUACCAGAGCCGAACUUAUAGGACCAACUCUGACUGGAGGCGAUGACGAACCAAGCGCUACCGAUGCAGAGCCUACAAGCGCUGCUUCAGAUGUCACGGAUGACGACGAUGACGAUAAUUCAGGUACGGACAGCCCGUUAACGUCGCCCUCUGUACCUUUAAAAACGGAUAGCGAUCAAAACCAACCUGAGACCCCCUCUGAGACUGGCAAUGACUCCCCUACCGAGACCGAUAGUGAUGAGCCAUCUGCGGCUGGUGGUGAUAAUGAUAGCCCCGAGACGACAGACCUUGCAGAUGAGCCCCAAAAGACGCAGGAUACAGACUCUGACCCAGAUACCAUCUCAACAGGAUCCGACGAUAAACCCCCCAAGGCGUCUGCCCCUGCUGCCACUGGUAAAGACGGCUUCACCACGGUUACCGGGUCGAAACCAGCCCCAACAGAAGAGGCAUACGAGGUUCCCGUUGAUUUGGAAGAAGACACCAAGCUUGGUGACUAUGCCGAGUUCAAGGAAGCUUCUGAUGGUGAACAAGUCGUACUUCUCAAACCCCCACCAAACGGCAAAGCAAACUGCGAGAUCGCGCCUACUGGCGGCGAGGUUGACAAGAUUCCUGCCGGUGAAUACAUCCGCGUUCUUCUUUCCGUCAAAGUAGACAGAAUCGGUACUGUCAACUCGAAGGAUGGUAAGACUGGAUCUCGCCUCAAGAUGUUGGUCGAUGAGAACACUGUCUACGAUAAAGAGCUUAUUUCCAAGGGUGAUGGCGACGAUUCGCAGGAUAUCGAAAGUGAUCCCUUCGAGUCAGCCAAGAACCAGAAGAUUCGUAUGAUUCAAGAGUGUGGAGAGGAGCCAGUUGAACUUACAAUUGAAAAUGCGAAUAUCAGGGUUGCUAGCAGUGACAAGAGUGGAGGAGGCGGAGGAGGAGGAGGAGGAAAGGGCGAUGGUGGUAGCGGCUCUGGUUCUGGGUCUGAUGGCAAAGAUGGGGAUGAUGAGUCUGGUAGCGGUGGGGGCUCAGGUGGCGAUAGUGGAAGCGGCAGUGGCAGCGACUCUGGAAGUGGUUCAGGCAGCGGAGACAAGGGUAGUGGUGGUGGAGAUGGUGGAAGUGGUUCCGACUCUGGCUCUGGCUCUGAUUCAGGGUCGGGAUCCGGAACUGGGGACGCAGUAUCACCAUCAGCGACCACCGUCGGUGAGGGUCAGACCAACGUUGCUGGAAAGACUCAAACCGUACGUGAGUUACUGAUGUAUACUCUACCACUCCUCGCAGCUUUCCUGGGAUAA